AAUUCAUACAGAAAAAUGCAUUCUAAAAUUAGAUCAGUGGAUUUUUCUCUUUCAGCAGUUGUCGAAAGCCCGUCUGCAGCUGAACUACUUAACUGGCGAUUAUCCUAA